AUGCACCUUGUACCUCACGACGCCCCGCGGCGCCCUCCUGGGGAGGGCCUCGAGGGGGGGCCGGCACGCAGCCUGUCAGACGUGGUGGAUGCCGGCAUCAACCUGCCCUGGCCCAAGCUGGCCUCCUGGGCGGCGGCCGCCUUUACGUUUUACCAGCUGCGCGAAUUCUUUGGGAUCAUGAUGGGCACCUUCAUCGUAUCCUUCAUCGGCAACGGCUUCGUGAACUCGGCCCAGAACACCCCCCUGCUGCGCCGGCUGACGCCCAGCGCGCGCCGGCACGUCCUGGUCUCUGCCUACUUCAUCGCCAUCAUCUCCAUGUUCUGCCUCUUUGGCGUCCUCAUCAUCCCGGAUGUUGUGCGCGAAGGUUUCGACUUUGUUCAGCGCCUCCAGACCGACAACAUCUGGGUGGUGGUCUUGCAGAAGAUGCGCGAUGGCCUAGGUGAUGGCGUGAUGGACGCCAUGGAGCGCUUCCUCCUCAUCGCCUCCAGCGAGGACGUGACACACGCCAUCAACUACACUGAGCUGGAUGCGGUCAUCGGGACAGCGCGGACGCAGUACCUGGGAGUGGCGCUGCAGAAGGUACUGCGGCAGUACACCAAUGCCGCAGCCACCUUCACCACGGAGAUUCUGUCCUUCACCUCCCGAUUUGCCAUCCAGCUGGGUGUGUCCCUCAUCCUGUCCUUUAUGAUGGUAUGGGACCUGCCGACCAUCGCCUUUGGCGUCUCCUCUCUGCGCACCUCCCGUCUGGCCCCCAUCUACAACACCGUGGCGCCCUCCCUGGAGGUCUUUGCCACCCUCUUCGGCAAGGCCCUGCAGUGCCAGGCCCAGAUCGCUGUGGUGAAUACCUGCCUCACCGCCCUGGGCAUGUGGGUGCUCCAGAUCCCGGGCCUGGGCCUGCUCUCCCUUUUCGUCUUCAUCUGCGGCUUCAUCCCCAUCGCGGGCGUCAUCAUCUCCACCUUCCCCAUCGCAUUUGUCGCGCUCACAGAGUACGGCUUCACCAAGCUGGCGCUGGUGCUGGUCAUGGUGACGGGCGUACACUUUGUCGAGGCGUACGGCCUCAAUCCAGCCAUCUACUCCGCGCACCUCAAGCUGCACCCGCUCCUGGUGCUGUCAGUGCUGGUCUUCGCCGAGCACUCCCUGGGCGUCUGGGGCCUGCUCCUGGCCGUGCCCCUCACGGUAUUCACCUUGGACUACUGCAUACGCUACCCCGCCUGCUCAGUGACAGGCGAGCGUGUGGGGCAGGGCUUUUUGGGGAAUGUCGCCGCGAGGGAGCUGGACAGGGUGACUUUUGACCCCGUGCGGUCCCUUGACUUUGACGCCUCGCUCUGA